CGAAAAGCGAAACGGGCUUAAGCGUUGUUUUGCAGCCUUGUGGACGCAGCGCUCGCCAGCAAGCAAGUCCCGCCAAGCUCCUUCCCUGACAUCCCUUACCCAGGCUGCACUCAGGUUGAACAUUCCUGUUUGGAGCAUAUAUGGUCUCUUUGGAUACAAACACAUACUCCUGAUGAAGUCGUCCGAUAUUGAUCAGGACUUAUUUACAGACAGUUACUGCAAGGUGUGCAGUGCACAGCUGAUUUCUGAAUCUCAGCGUGUGGCCCAUUACGAGAGUCGAAAACAUGCAAGCAAAGUCCGACUGUAUUACAUGCUUCAUCCCCGGGACGGUGGGUGCCCUGCCAAGAGGCUCCGGUCAGAAAAUGGCAAUGAUGCUGAUAUGGUGGAUAAAAACAAGUGUUGCACGCUAUGUAACAUGUCUUUUACGUCUGCUGUGGUGGCUGAUUCACAUUAUCAAGGCAAAAUCCAUGCCAAAAGGUUAAAACUGUUGCUAGGAGAGAAAACCCCAUUAAAGACUGCAGCAGCACCCCUGAACUCUCUGAAGCCUGCAAGGGUAGACACUGCUCCUGUGGUCUCAUCUCCCUAUCAAAGAAGAGAUUCAGACAGAUACUGUGGGCUCUGUGCAGCCUGGUUUAAUAAUCCCCUGAUGGCCCAGCAGCAUUAUGAUGGCAAGAAACACAAAAAGAAUGCAGCAAGGGUCGCUUUAUUAGAGCAACUUGGGACCACCCUGGAUAUGGGGGAAUUGAGAGACUGGGAAACCAGCCAUGAAGAAAUGGACAGAAAUUCUAAAGCUGCCAAGAAUUUACACCUGCACCUCAUGGCUAAGGCUAGAGCAUGGUCUCAAAGGUCUGAGGCGCAAUUACAGAUGUACAAUCUGCAGUGUCUCCCUAAACUCAAUAGAACAGUAUCACGCCCAUCUGAAAGGAUCUAAACACCAGACCAACCUGAAGAAUAAGUAGUGAAAACAUCAAUCAAGAGAUGUGAAAAAAAACCAGGAUUUCUCUGCCGCGGAGAAUUGCUUAUCAACCACCAGAGGAGGAUUCUUUCUUAGACAAUGAACAUUUCUUAUGAGGAUUCACAGAUUAACAUAUGACUAAUCUUAGCUUUGGAAAAUGAAUGAGCUUGCUUUCUUUCUUUUUGAUUUUAUGGUAAGUUAUAAUAUUUGGAUGGAUUUUUAAAAUUCUUUCCUGAUCAUAUAUUUAGCACAAGUUCUAAGUUAUAAUCCUAUAGCAAACAGUGGGAACAUCAUUCAAGACAAUGGAACAAUCUUAAUUUUCCAUUCAUUCUAGAUUUCUUCCACAUAGAGUUUAUUCUAUGAAAUCUUUGAUGAUUGUGAUAUAAACCACCUCUAUUCAGAUUAUUUUUUCAUCAUAUAGAACUUGAUUGGUGGCAACUUCCAUAGAACCAGAUAAAUCUCUCUUAGUAGAAGAUACAUAAUGGACACAAAUACCAAAACUUCUCAUUUCACCAUCUAAAUGUGAACCAGGUUUGCUCUCUGAACCAUCAGAAUGAAGAAGGUAAAUAAAGAGAGAAUCCUCAUCCAUUUUUUCUAAUCAUUCAAAGAACAGUUUCUCAAGGUUAAGCCAAGUCCUCAUUGCAAGCUGCCAAAAUAAUAGCUUAGGAAAAGAAUUAGUUUGCCUGCAUGAUGAUCCUCUUAGGCAAAAACGUUUUAACAGCAGUUGACCUUGAUGAAAUGUUUUCCCAAAAGAAGAGGGAUAAAUCCCAGAAUGAGUUGGAAAUAAAUGAGUAUUUCUUAUGAAGUUGACCUGAAUGGUGGACUGUAAUGUUGGGCACUGAUGAAUUGGAAAGAAGGGAGCAAAUUCUGAAGAAAUGACAGUCUUGGAUACAGUGAGAUUCCUUAUUUCCUCUGUUCUUCGCUGAAGUCUUCUUGCUUGUCAAGAUUCAAUCACUUUGGAAAGAACACAACUGGUCAGUAUGGCAGACCUGUAAACUUACUCACUAAUGGAGAACGUUUCUGAGUGUAAAUGGUAAAACUCUUUUUCUAGGUUUCAUUCUUCUCCAUUGUGACUGGAUUUGAUGUUCCUGCAGGCUGCCUACAAAGCCAGACAUUUAACGUCUAUUCAUGAUGCUUUGCGUGUCCAGCUGGCAUCUGGCUGGCGUUGCGCUUUGACCAUUGUGACCACAGGCACUUGAUCUCCUGGUGUCAGGAUUUUCUGAAUGUCUAUUGUUUUUCCACAGAGAACUGCGGUGGUUACAACUCAGUAAGCAAUAAAUGAAGCAACUUAGAAAUGCACAGUGUUGUUAUUAAGGUAUUUGAAAUGUGGCUCCAUUCCCUUGGGGAGGACUCCAUCAGAAGGGACCAGGGUUGCCUGUCUCUAGUGCCUGCAGAGGGAAGGAGUCACCCAGCCACAAGCUGUCCCAGGAGGGGAGUUGGGUUGGAUGGGAAGCAGCCAACCUGUUUUGCUGUUUGGAAAGCACACUAGAGAGCUACAAACCUCCAAUGAUGACUUUUCUUUGAAUGUGUAAAAUAAGGCUUUAUUUGUCAAUUCUGCUGUAAAAUAAGCACUGUCAAGUAAAAGAAAAGAAAAGAAAAAAAUGUCUUUGUUUCUACUUGUAUUGAGUGAGUAAAGUUAUACUCUCACAUAUCUUUUAAACAACCUGACAGAGACAAGUCUAUGAACAUAGAUGUCUUUUGCUUUACAGAAAGACCAUGGCCCACUCUCUAAAGAUAAAAUUAAAGAAAAAAUAAUUAGCUAAAUACACAAGUAUUUCAGAGUUCUAGAUUUAAAUACCACUGCUCAUUGGCCAACUGUCAAGUGAAUACCCUGCCAGAGGGUUUUCUUGGUUAUCAAUUUUCUUUCUUUAUUUUUGCCUGUGCAGACAAGGGAAAUCAUCAGUCCAGUGUACUGUGGAGGUGCCAAUUUUGAGCUUUAAGCAAUAAGGGCCUGUGAGUAUGCUUUAACUGGGGAAAGUCUUAAAUGCAAAGAACUGUAUUUAGGAAGCUGGCUGGUGGUGGUGGUGUUUUUUUGUAUGAAUGUUUGUUAAAUUAGGUUCUAUUUUACUGUCUAAUUUUCAUGAACAAUUGGGAGUGAGAAUGAAAAGUAAAUACUUGCAAAGCUAAAUUAAUUUUGGUGGCAGAGAAGUGACCCACACAGAUCUGGAGGCCAUUAUGGGGCUGUUCUGGAAGGGACACCUGACUACCACAGAGAUGUUGGGAGAGAAGAGGAAAAAUUCAGGGAAUUCCUAUAAAUCUUAGUACAGGGAAAUGAGGGAAAAAACUCUGAAAGAGUGAGACUAUUCCAUGAAUGAUAUUUAAUGUGUAUAUACUUGUAGUAAUGUCAACUAAACUAACCAAGUACUGCCCAUUUGAAGUUUUGUUCCAAUGAGGGAAAAAUGAUUCAAAAUUAACAUAAUGCACAUGACUCAUAGCCUCCUUAUAGUAAAGUGACAUUUUUGUAUUUAAUAGGAUCCUUGCUUAGUGGGCAAAAUAGUCUAUAUCUUCUUAUAGAGAAGACUCCUACAGUCCUGGUCAUGCAAUUCAUUCAGCUUGUGAAGAGUUUUUCUUUUAAAGAAUAGAGAGGUAAGCUUUAGGAUAGCACCUGUGCCAGUAGCCACAAAUGUCAUGGUAGUGAAACCGAAUUAAUGAGCUUUCAUUAUAUAUCGUCUCUGCAGCCCAGUGCACUGAUAAAUAUGAUCAUAAAGCAAUCUGCUAAGUAGAGAAAACUACAGUGAUCCCUUUCGCUGAUAAAAGUAGCAAUAAAACACUCAUCUGUGAUUGCUUAACCACAAAAGCAUAGGAUUUGUUUUCUACUUGCCUCUUAGAUGACAUAUAAACAUAAAUUGAAACUGCAAGAGGUUUUUUUCCCUAACUUUUCUAUUGAAGUGAGCUAAUUAGACCAAUCAGCAAAGAUAGGAAAAAGAUGAGAUAAAUGACAAAUGCUAAUACUUUCAUUUCCAUAAGGAAAUUUAAGCCCUGGGGCAGGGAUCCGGAGAGGAAGUGGGGGUCCACAUCUCUUCCAAAGUUCAUCAUUGAAAGGGAUAUUUCCAGUAAGAUAUUAGAACUCCAGUAAGAAGAUAGCUUUCUAAACUGUCAAGUAAUAAUAGACCUAGCCUCUCUACAUUCCAUCCAAACUAAAUAGUCAUUGUUUGCCCAACUUGUUCAGGUAAUUGAUUGUUCUUUUGUGACCAGAUAGGAAGGGUCUAAUCAAUACAUUAUUGUAGGGACACAUUUUUUUCCCCAUUUUCUGCUUCUUACCUAAUUUAUUCAUACUGAAGCCGUGCUUAAACUACCUCAGGUUUGUGGUGUGAUCUAGCUAAUUAAUAAAUGGCAAGUAUAUAAAUCUCUGUAUAAGUGCUGCCUUAGUUUGUUUUCUAGCUUAUGAUAUGCAUGUCAAAUUAAAUAUCUGGAUAUUUCAUUGUAAUAUUCAUGUUGCUAAAUUUGAUUUUAAUUUAAUAUAUAAAUAUGUUAAUGGAAAAUGAAAUACUCAGAGUCUCAGCAUGAAUUGAGAGCAUCAAGCUCAAGUCUGGUAAAUAUGGUACCUCAGGAAACAAAAGGGUACUUAGAAGCAAAACCAACCUAUUUUGUUAAGGAGAUUUUAAAGCACUCAUUCUCAAAGGGGAAGUCAAUAUUUAUUUUCAAGAAUUGGUUAAGUAAUUUUGUAUUGUAAUAGUUAAAAUGCCAAAAAUCUAUCAGUGAUUUGGAUUUACAGAUUAGAGGGGAUUUAGCAUUAUGCCUGUGAUAAUGCAACCCUUUAUUCCUUCAUAUGUUGAGCAAAAAAUGGAGGGAAGAAUCACAGCUAGUCCAUAUAGCUGAAAACCUAUAAGAGCUAAACAUCUGCCUUGAUUUGAAUAUUCCUAGGAAAAUAUCAAACACUGUUUUUAAAAGGAUAUCGAAAGAGAAAGGAAUGGAAUUGAUAUCUAAUCUUCUUGGUAACAUCAUCUGAAGGCUCUGUAGCAACUAGUUAAAAAGUAAUUUUACUGCUGCCUUUACUUUGCUGCCAUUUUGUCCUAUAUGAUUAAUUACUCCUUAGUCAUUAUUCUGAGUAGCAGUUUUAUUUGCUAAUUUGAAAUGCCUCAACUUAAUUAGCAAUUCAUUUUGACCUUUAAAAACUACAUUCUAUAAUCUUCAAGUUAUAUGAGUGAAGCAGGGGGAAAAAAUCUCAUUUUACCUAGCCCCCCACUUUCGGCUACCAUUAGCAGGUUACAUUGUUUCUGAAGAACAGACGAUUGUCCUGUGACAAGCUAGCAAGUAUGAUUGACCAAAGUCCAGCUUCAAAUUUCCUCUACGGAUGGUUUUAAUUUAAGAAAAUUAAAGUAAUAUAUA